UUUUUCCCCCCGACACAUUUGUUUUAUUUGCAAUGCGUUACGGUUUGUGGCCUUUAUGGGAUUUAAAUAUUAUUUUGUGAUAAUAUUGUUGGCAUAUGUACUUAACAAAGAAGGAUACUGUGCUCAUUGAAACUUGAUGGCAUUUAGAUCAUCGCAGCUGGACAGCAUGACUGGUGCUGGUGCUGGGACAACAAAUAACAGUUCACAAAGGUUUGGUUCAGAUCAUUUUUGGAAUGUGCAAUUUAAUUUAAACACGAGAAAGAACAUUCCUGAUCCUUCGUCUGGUGCUCGCAAAAAUAUUGGAAUGGUUGGUUUACCGCAGCAAAAUAAACAAAGGAAAAUGGGUUUUUUCGAUGUGUCUGGUGAUGACGACAGUGAAACGAGUCAGUAUCUCAAUCAGUCUGUUUUUAGACCUGAAAAAGAGAUGUCUCACUCACAGUCACCAUCACAGCUGUUCGGGAGUAAUUUUUGCAGUCCAGCAAUUCCAAUUCUUCCAAGAAAUGUUAGUGGAAGCCAGUUUCCCCCUCGAAACAAUCCUGGUCACAUCACGCCAACCAGUAUAAACCCCAACUUUCCUAUCAGUAUGCAGCAACAGCAGCAGCAGCAACAACAACAGCACUCGCCUAAUAGCUUAUCUGCCAUCGGUCCACGAAGUGUGCUUGGUCAGAAUCAAACCCAGCAACAAGCCAUCGGAAACCUUCAGAAACGUACAACGUUAUCAUCAGCAUUUGGAAGCACAUACAGUGCCGGACCAAUAACCAGUAUAGCAAACAGUUUCGGUUUCCCAGGAAGUAGACAAGGUGAAAACCAUCUGUCAUUAGACUUGAACGAAUUUCCAUCACUUAGUAACAGAUCAAAUCUCGCGCCCAACCCUGUCCCCACACCUAGGAGCUAUGUAGGUUUGGUAAGCAAGCCUGUGCAGGAACAGACGCCAGAAUUCAACAUCACAGCAGAAGAGUUCCCUGCCCUUCCUGGGUCCACAAACCCACCAUCUUCAGCAGCUAAUGACUCUGGAAGGAAAACAGUUAGUGCUUUAUUUGGUCCACCCAACCCGUACAUGCCUGCCCCUGGUGGAGGAGCAUUUGAUCCUUCAGCAAACAAAGACACAAAGAACGGAGAUAAGUCGUCACAACCAAAACGAGGGAUACAAACUCAUCAAGAUGGAACUGUAUCGAACAUACCAUCUGGCAUGGUAACCGAUCAGUUUGGAAUUGUUGGUUUGUUAACGUUUAUCCGAGCGGCGGAGAAUGACCAUAACCUGGUAGCAUUAGCACCUGGUAUAGACCUCACGACACUCGGUCUUAAUCUCAACUCUCCAGAAUACGUCAGGAAUUUGUACAGUACGUUUCAGUCACCAUGGGCCGAUGCACCUUGUAGACCCCAAGAUAUUGAUUUUCACGUCCCUGCUGAGUAUUUGACAAAUAUAUUCAUUAGAGACAAGUUGGCACCAAUAAAGCUGAACCGAUAUGGAGAAGAUCUUCUGUUCUUUCUGUUUUACAUGAAUGGUGGUGAUGUGCUGCAACUGGCGGCAGCAGCAGAAUUGUACAACCGAGACUGGAGGUACCACAAAGAGGAGAGAGUGUGGAUGACGAGAGCACCAGGCAUGGAACCACUGAUGAAGACGAACACAUAUGAACGGGGAACGUAUUACUUCUUCGACGCCCAGAACUGGAGGAAGGUGGCCAAGGAGUUCCUCCUUGAAUACGACAAACUGGAGGAGCGCCCCACCCUGCCACCUACGCUACACCACAACCCAAAUCAGCCCAUCGUCGGCCACUAGCAGGGACUUGUUUCUUCUUCACCCUCGACACUGGGUCUGGAUUCUGGUGCAAUGUAGGCAAUUGAAUGGGGUUUACUCGCAAACUGUUGAAAACGGGGAAAAACCAAACAAAAAACACUUAUUACGUUUGCCCCCAGAGAAGAUCAUUGUGAUUUUAUUGUUUUGGUUCAUUGUGUAAAUAUACAUCGUCAUCAAGGAGAAA